AUGAGGUUGGCGCUUUUGUUCGCGAUCGUCUUUGCGACAGCAUUUGCUCGACAUGUCGACCUACCUGCACCGUAUUCUGAUUUCUGUAUUCUUCAGAACAACACCAAUCUUUACGACCCACAGAAGCAGUUCGACAUCCCUUGGUACAACGUUAACCUCGAUUUACCACCAAAACAGCGUUGGACCGAAAUCUCCAAGGCUUACACUGGACAGAUAAAAGAUCUUAUUUCGGUUCUCCUCGAUCUUGUCGAGCCUUUCCUUCCGAACGCUCUCGAAUGGGUCGACCUUUAUUUUGGCAAUCUUGAGGAACGGCUCCCACAGCCGUACAAGGACGAGAUUCAGUCGAUCGCGGACGAUACUGGCAUACCAGUUGGUCAGAUUGUCAUCUAUAAUAUCUUCUACGAGAUUUUCACCGUAUGCACCUCCAUCAUUGCUCAAGAUCCCAACGGCCAUAUCAUCCAUGCACGAAAUCUCGACUUUGGCUUGUUCCUUGGAUGGAAUGCUGACACUCAUGAAUGGAAAAUUUCGAGCGCUUUGAGGAAGAUGAUCAUCAAUGUAAACUGGAUUAAAGACGGCAAAAUCCUCUACAAGUCGAACAACUUCGCUGGAUACGUUGGUAUUUACAAUGGAAUGAAGAAAGGCGCGUUCUCAAUCACGGCGAAUGAGAGAUUCCAAGCAGCUGGAGGCUACCUCGGCAUGUAUCGUUGGCUGACCGGCCUGGAACCAAAUGGCAAAUGGAUGUCGUGGUUGACAAGAGAGACACUCGAGCAGUUCAACACAUACACCGAUGCUAAAGCUCAUCUGAUGUCAACUCCAAUGCUUUCUCCUGUGUACUACAUUCUCGGAGGUGUGAAUCCAUGGGAGGUAAACUGA